UGCCGCCGGCCGGGGCCCAGCCAGCGCCCGCCGCGCCGGAGCCGAGUCGCAGCCGGAGCCGCUGCUCGCGGCCCCGCCAUGAGCGGAAGCGCCGCCGCCGCGGUUGCUGCCGCCGCCGCCUCAGCAGCCGCCGCCGCCGCGCACUUCCAGCCUCAGUCGUCGUCUCCCAGGCCGGGCCCCGCCGAGCUCGGGCCCCCGCGCCGCCCGCGCCCCCCACCGCCGCCGCCCCGGACAGAGCCCGCCGCCACGGACCGCCUCAGCCCUCUGGGCCACGGGCCUCUCCGGGCGGGCGUUCAGGGUGGCGGCGCCUGCGCCCGAGCGCCAGGAACAGGUAGUGUUGGUGCUUCUUUUCAGUGCCAGUCCAUCCAUCACGACCACAUUUGUCAUGAUGACAGUGACAAGAUAUCUCCCGGGGCCAAUUCAGCAUCUCUACCUGGCCAUCCUAACAAGGUGAUUUGUGAAAGGGUGAGACUUCAGAGCCUGUUCCCUCUCCUCCCAAGUGAUCAGAACACUACCGUUCAAGAGGAUGCUCACUUCAAAGCUUUCUUCCAGAGUGAAGAUAGUCCAAGUCCCAAGAGACAGCGCCUCUCUCAUUCAGUCUUUGAUUAUACAUCAGCAUCACCAGCUCCCUCACCACCAAUGCGACCAUGGGAGAUGACAUCAAAUAGGCAGCCCCCUUCAGUUCGACCAAGCCAACAUCACUUCUCAGGGGAACGAUGCAAUACACCUGCACGCAACAGAAGAAGUCCUCCUGUCAGGCGCCAGAGAGGAAGAAGGGAUCGUCUGUCUCGACAUAAUUCCAUUAGUCAAGAUGAAAACUAUCACCAUCUCCCUUACGCACAGCAGCAAGCAAUAGAGGAGCCUCGAGCCUUCCACCCUCCGAAUGUAUCUCCCCGUCUGUUACAUCCUGCUGCUCAUCCACCCCAGCAGAAUGCAGUCAUGGUUGACAUACAUGAUCAGCUCCAUCAAGGAACAGUCCCUGUUUCUUACACAGUAACAACAGUGGCACCGCAUGGGAUUCCACUCUGCACAGGCCAGCACAUCCCUGCUUGUAGUACACAGCAGGUCCCAGGAUGCUCUGUGGUUUUCAGUGGACAGCACCUCCCUGUCUGUAGUGUACCUCCUCCAAUGCUUCAGGCAUGUUCAGUUCAGCACUUACCAGUACCAUAUGCUGCAUUCCCACCCCUUAUUUCUAGUGAUCCAUUUCUUAUACAUCCUCCUCACCUUUCUCCCCAUCAUCCUCCUCAUUUGCCACCACCAGGCCAGUUUGUCCCUUUCCAGACGCAACAAUCACGAUCGCCCCUGCAAAGGAUAGAAAAUGAAGUGGAACUCUUAGGAGAACAUCUUCCAGUAGGAGGUUUUACUUACCCUCCAUCAGCCCACCCUGCAACAUUACCUCCAUCAGCUCCUUUGCAGUUUUUAACACAUGAUCCUUUGCACCAGGAGGUGUCCUUUGGAGUACCUUAUCCUCCAUUUAUGCCUCGUAGGCUCACAGGACGUAGUAGAUACCGAUCCCAGCAGCCAAUACCACCUCCCCCGUAUCAUCCCAGCUUACUGCCAUAUGUGUUAUCAAUGCUUCCAGUGCCACCUGCAGUGGGCCCAACUUUCAGCUUUGAAUUAGAUGUAGAAGAUGGAGAAGUAGAAAAUUAUGAGGCCCUGUUAAACCUGGCAGAGCGACUGGGAGAGGCAAAGCCUCGAGGACUGACUAAAGCAGAUAUUGAACAACUUCCUUCUUAUCGGUUCAAUCCUAACAACCACCAGUCAGAACAGACUUUGUGUGUAGUGUGCAUGUGUGAUUUUGAGUCAAGGCAGCUACUUAGAGUCUUACCCUGUAACCACGAGUUCCAUGCCAAGUGUGUUGACAAAUGGCUUAAGGCAAAUCGUACUUGCCCAAUUUGCCGAGCUGAUGCUUCAGAAGUGCAUCGGGAUUCAGAAUGACCAACCUAAGAAGCACAAGUUUAGUUUGGGUGUUCCUCAUCACAUGUAUAUACGGACUAUCCAUUGAACUUAAUCUGUGGCUUCCAGCCCUCCCUUUACCAAAAGGGUCAAUGGACCUUUCUUUGCACUGUGUGACUUAAUCAACUAUAAAAGCUUACAAUUAGUCUUCACAGUUAUGGGAUUGUUAUACUAACCGUGUGAUUGGAACUCCAAAGACUUUCUUUAGCUUAAUUUUGUGUGUGCACUAACAUUCCCUGGUUUUUGUGUGAUCAUUCCGAGUGUUGCUGCAAGAUUACAGUGGACGUGAUCUUUUAGCAUGUGCUUUUAUAAAAAGUGGUAGCUACAGAUGAUAUAGCAAUCUACCUUAUAUAGAGCCUUCAGAAACUGUGAGUGGAAAUGAAUGCAGCGUAUGACUGUUGGUGAUAAGUGUAUCUGUGUGAGAGUGUGCAACUACUUGUGUGAGGGCAUGGUAGCUAACGUGUGUAUGAGAUCCUAUAUACCAGCAUGUACCAAGAAUGUGUGUGUAGUUUUAAUUAUGCUGCAAUGUAUAAUCUGGUGUGUUAUUUAAACAGCACUAGUACUGUACACUGGUUUUUUUUCCCUUGUGUUUGCUGUUGCACACUGAUUGCUGAGGGUGCAUCAAUUACAAACAUCGAAUACUCCAUCCCCUUCCCUCCCGAUAAAUGGAAUGAGAAAAGCCUUCUUCCUUUGCUUCAGGCAGCUGUCACCUUCUCUUUAUUGGUGGUCCUAAGUGGGUCAACUUAAAAAAAAAAAGUAUAACACAUUCUCACUCCAUGAACCUGAUUUUUUUAUUCUAUUGUGGAAAUUUUUAAAUCUCCAACUUGGUGUUUCCAAAAAGAAGGUGCAAUAUCAUACAUCAUCAGUUAGCAAUAUUAACAUUUCAAUGAUUUGAAUGUUGAUACUUUUUUUCCUUUACAUUUCCAGUAAGUUUCUUACAGAAAGUACCUGUGAUUUUUUUUUUUAAUGUUUAGAUUUGUAGUCUAUUCUGAAGAUAUUUAAUAUAUUUCUAAGAAUACCACUAGUCCCAUGAAGUCACCUCGUUGACUUCCACCAGAACAAAAUCUGUUAAUUCAGCUUGACUUCUGAUUACGCGUUCUGUGUUCAAGCUCCUGUGGGCAACUAAAUUGUUCUAAGAAAACUGUAUUUCUGUUCAUAUUAAUUCACUUGCCAGGCUCAAAUUCUGAAAGUUGUCUAGUUGUUCCUCAUCGAAACCCUUGUUACAGGAUGGAUCAAGUGCUGUUACAGCUCAUGUUCCUUAGACCUGGUUUGUUUUGAUGUUUUAUUGCUUUUCCUUUUUUGUUUAAGUUUAAUACAACAGGUGUUCGGAAUACUUGCAGUAUAAAUGAAGAUUUGAUUUUUGUAUAAAAAAUAAUGCUGUUAAACAGGAAUUGGUCGACGUUCAUUUAGUUGAUCUGAGAUAAUACAUAGCUGUGUGGGGUUUUCUUUUAGUAGGUUCUUUGAUUAUAAUUCAGAUUGUUUAAAGUCAUUUUUCCAGCAAUGUUUCAAUUACUUUCUCAUUCUUUUGGUGUAUUCAACAUUGUCUGCCUCUUCCUGCUGUUGAUGUCAUUGCUUUGUUUGCAAUAGCUCAAGCUGCAUUAUUCCAGUCAGAACUGUGAUAACUUGCUGCCAGCCCCACUCAACUUUCAAUUGGCUCUGUGUCAGUUUUCCACUCAGUGUUAACUACUUGUUACUGCCAUGCUGCUUGCCUUCCCUUGAAGUAUCUAUAAGCUCAUCACCGCCUAGAGUUCAGUAAAGUCAAUUCACAGAAGCACAAUUUUGCCCUUUUCUAGAAACUCUUGCCUCUAUCUAGUCAUACAAGUAGGGUUUUGCAUACUGUUGGCCCCUAGGUUGUUAGUGCAUCAGAAAUAUAUCUAAACAGUGGUAAAAAUGCACAUGUUGCUUUUAAAUCAUUAGGAUACCCCUCACCUGUUCCUGAUGAAUAAAAAGUGUGUUAAAGACCAAAAUUCUUGGCAUAAUAAUCAGCUACAUACAAAUCACGUAUAGUUUAAUCUUUAUUUUUUUAAUAAAAAAAAAUCAUGUUUAAAAUGGCAAAAGCCCAUCUUAUACAUACUCUUUUAUAUAGCUGCAAAAAGUUUGUAUCUGUACAGAUCUAACACUACUACACUCAGUAUUCAUUUUAUUGAAGCAUGCAAGUAAAGCACUUUUUCUAAUUUAUAUAGAGAUACCUAAUUAACAAGGCACACUGUACUAAUGACUAGGAGAAGUAGCUUUUUUCCCUCCUUCUAUGUCCCCUUUUCUGUAAAUUUUUGAGAGGCAGUUGGCAAUUUAGGAGGCAGCAGGAUCUGUUUUGGUAAAAUCUUGAAUAUCAGUGUUGCACUCUUGUGACUGAUCUCUCUUUGGGAAUGUCUUUUCUUUGCAUGGGGCUCAUAGAGAUGUGUGCAGACUUGCUUAUUGUGUAUUGGGAACACACAAGUGUGUUCUGACCAGCUCAGGCUUGCCAAAAUGAGCAACUUUGUGGCUAGCAAAAGAGAAGAAACAGUUGAUUUGUGCCCAGCCAUUGUCACUUUGGGUGAUGCACCAGAUAGCAGGCAGAUGGUUCCUUGGCCUUUGUCCUCUUUCCUCCUAAAACAAUAUUGGCUUUACCAUCUUAACUCAGCUGUGGAUUUUUUGUGGGUUGUUUGUUUUUUGGCAUGAAUUGUUAUCUUUGGUGUUUUUUUUUAACCCACCACCCCUCAAAAAAUAAUAAGGUCCAGGUAUCAGUAUCUCCUCUUAGGAUUUUUUGUCCUUAAUUUUUUGAGCAAAAUCUGGAAAAUGAAAGUGUAUUUAGAUUUUAUAUACUAUCUGAAAUAUGAUUUAUUAGGAUUCUUAAAUUUGGACCUCUUAAAAUAAUUUUGAGUGAGAUCUACCAACUCACUUGUGAGAAUAUUUUUCACAGAUAUCUUUGGGCCUUUUCAGUAGGAAGCUGUUUGUCCCCAUUGGUACAUUUGGUUACCUCAUUUUGUCGUUGGUUUGUUUCAGAUUGUGAAAGCUCACAGGGGUGUUUUUUGGAAUCAUUUGCUGAGUCAUUUUCUCAAAUCAUAUUCCAUUGUAUCAGUUAACAUAUAGUUUUAAAUGUACGUAUUAUAAAUAUCUGUAACCAAAUCAUUUGAAGGCUUGAUAAAUUUUUAACAAAGUUUGUACAUUUUUUAUGAAAGUUACUAGUAAUGCUUUACUAAGUAGUGCAAUGAAUUUUUAUUUUUAAUCCCUGUGCCCAAUUUUGGAGUUGAGAGGGUUGUUGGUAAUAAAUGUAUGAUGUACACUUAAAA